AUGUAUUUCCGGGACCUGUGCCGCAAGAACUGCUGCAACGCACAGUUCGUGGGCGUGGUCUGCUUCAUCUUCCUCGCCUACACCGGCGUCGUCUGGCUCUUCUUCCUGAUGAACCACCCGUCCUGCGAGCCCGAUCUUCACCACUACUGCCGCCCCGGCGCCUACGUGGCACUGCUGGUGGUGUUCCACAUCCUGUUUCUGCUGAUGCUGUGGUCGUUCAUACGGGUGAUCGUGUCGGACCCGGGCCGAGUGCCAAUCUACUGGGGCUUCUUCCUGGACGAGCGGGAGUCAAAGCGGAAGCGGUACUGCCUGCUAUGCCACUCGUUCAAGCCAGAGCGGUGCCACCACUGCUCGACGUGCCAGCGGUGCGUGCUGAACAUGGACCACCACUGCCCCUGGAUCGGCAACUGCGUGGGCUACAUGAACCGCAAGUUCUUCCUGCUGUUCCUGUUCUACAUCAUCCUGACGGUCACCUUCUCGCUGGCGGCGUGCCUCUGGCCCCUCAUCCAGGAAAUCAUCAUCGUCGUCGAGGAUUUCGAUUACUUCACCGCCUUCACCGCCAUCCGCGUCGUCCUCUACGGUGUCCUCCUCGCAUUCCUGGUGCUCAUAUCGAUCUUCUUCCGCUUCCACGUGGAGCUGGUCUUUUCCAACCUGACCACCAUUGACAACCUCGAGAAACAGAGAAACCCCGCGGCCUCGAAGAGCAACGUUUACGACAUGGGGGGCGCGCCCAACUUCCAGCAGGUGUUUGGGAAGAACCCGCUGCUGUGGCCGUUCCCAGUCUUCUGCGAGUCAGGCAAGCCGAUGGGGGACGGCGUGAAGUGGUAGCGAUGCUCCAUCAAACUCAAAUAUUUCGUGGAGUAUGUGCUGCACACCCGAGACGACUCCCCGCUGCUGGCCUAUGCCGACUGCGAGGAAGAGCUGGCCACGGCACUUGGUCACCUGCCGCUGGGCGGGCUGCUGGAAGCCGAUUUGCUCAGGAAGGGCAGGCUGACUCGAGACUAG